UUAGCAAGUUUCAGUAGUGUACAUGGUGAAGUACACUAGCAGUUCUGUAUAAGCGCCAUACUGUACCAUAUCACAGCAUUAUUUAUUUACAUAAUAAUUUAAGGAAAAAACAAAGAAAAAGAAUGAAGAGGAAUGAAAGGCUCUUGUGCUAUUAAUGUACCUGAAGGAUGUCAUUGUAAGUGGAUUUAAUUUCAUAUGAGAAAGCUGUGAAGAAAUCCUCGUUCAACACCAUGGCGGGUCCCCUUGAACUUUCAGAUCUCAAGCCUCCAAGCGAGGAUGAGGUGUUUUUUAAGAACUAUGUCCCACCAGCUCGAGAUGCCAUCCAUAUGCCUAUUCAUGUGUUUUAUAUGGUCCUGGCCUCCAUUGUCAUAGUCAUGACCCUCUACGCCAUCAUCGGCCACCUUAUCAAAGACCUACUCCAUGAUUUAGCAGAUUGGCUGUUUGGCGAGCAGCCGGAGGAGGUAAGGAUCAACUUUUUGGAGGCAAGGGAUAAGUUCAUGGCAGACUGGUGCCCAGAAACAAGCCCUGAGCUGGAGGAGCUGGCAAGAGCUGAGCAGAUCAAAGUGGUCAUGGAGAGCAGCAACCAUAAUCCAGCCAUCUGGGUCAUUUCAGAUGGGAGCGAAACACGUCCUCCACGUGCUGGACCCCGUGUUGCAUUUCAUAAAAACACAUGAGCUUUGUUUCGGCCUCUUAUGUUACUACUGUACAUAUGUACCAUACUGUGCAAAAGCACAUGUGAGAAAAUGCUGUAAAGCAUAGAUAAUAAUUUAAAAAAAAACUGAAUGGAAACUACACAAAGUGAAUAUCUCCCUUUGCUUUCUUUUAAAAAAUAGUAGUCUGAGUGACAUUUUGUCCCAAUUUUUAAGGAAAUAAGUUGAUAUGUUUUCCUUGAGCAUCUUGAAGGACCCGCUGCAGGUUCUUCUACAGACAUUGACUGUGACAAUUAACUUUUUAAAGCAAAAACCAGCAUCCUUUAUUAUGGGGUUUAUUUGUGUCUGAAAAGUAAUUUAUUCUUUGAUACAUUGCUUUCAGUGCUGCCACAUUUUGCUAUUUCUUUGUGCUUGGAAAUACUUUUGUACUGAUUCGCUAAUGCAGAAUUUAUAAAGUAAAGAUCUCUGUACAAAAUCUGUACCAAAAUAAAUACAGAGCAUGCCUAA